UCUGCGCGCGCGGAUGUGUGUGCGUGAUUGUGAGGCUGGGACAGAUGGGGAGGAUGGUGAGUGAGAGAGAGAAGGAUGGAGAACUAUUUUAGAUCGAGGCAUCUAUACUCUCUCUCUCUCACACGCACACACCGUUGCAGACUGAAUGGGUGUCCAAUCCAGUGUGUUGUGAACGCCCUCUGCUGGGGAAUAGAUCGGACUACAGAUUUAUACGAACUACGAUGUAUAAUUACUUAAACAUGAUUGUAAUUAUUUUCCUUCCACAAAAUUGUAAUGAAGAGGUGGGCGCAGCUAGUGGGACAGUAUGCGUUCCCGGUAUGUUAGGAAAUAAGGGGUUUACCUUUCAUUGGAGCUCGCUUCCGACCUCUCAUCUCUUGUGAUUGGCUGUCGUCGUUCCAUUCCUUAAGGAGGGUCGUGACGUAAACAUGGGAGUCCACGAGACACAUUUCUGUUGAUUCUUACGAAAGUCCGUUUGUAGUUUCCCCCACGUUAAAGUGACGUAAGGAGCUAGAGACCAAGGAACCGUCGGUGACCGAACGUCCACAGUACUGCUUUUUACGUUGUCGGCGUUUCUCUCACGCACACACACGGACAGGGCCACGAGCAGAAAAAUAAGAGAUCCACACGGACUAACUCAACCUGUAGCCGAAAAGUUCGUGGUUUCCCGGGAUGAAGAUACAGUUCGCUCCGCUUAAUAUCCCUCUACGGAGGAGACUCCAAACAGCCGCCGUGCUUCAGUGGGUCUUCUCUUUCCUUGCGCUGGCCCAGUGCUGUCUUGCAGGCUUUGUGUUGCUAUGCGUCUCAGAUUGGUGGAUUCUGGCGGCACUGUAUGCUGGUUGGCUGUACCUGGACCGAGACACACCCACCAGUGGGGGUCGGAGGUCAGAAUGGCUUCGGAACUGGAGCAUCUGGAAACACUUCAGAGACUACUUUCCUCUCAGUCUGAUAAAGACAACCGAUCUGGACCCGUCCUCUAACUACAUCUUCGGGUUCCACCCUCAUGGGGUUCUAGUAGCGGGUGGAUUUGGGAAUUUCUGUACGGAGGCAUCUGGGUUCUCCUCGCUGUUUCCUGGUCUGACCCCUCACCUCCUUAUGCUCCCCUUCUGGUUCAGGAUCCCUUUCUUCAGAGACUACAUUAUGUGUGGAGGUUUAGUGUCCAGUGAAAAGGCCAGCCUGUCAUACCUGAUGUCGGCUCCGGGUGGAGGUAAUGUUGCGGUAGUAGCAGUAGGGGGCGCACCGGAGGCUCUAGAUGCCCGGCCAGGAGCUCUCACUCUCCAAGUCCUCCAGCGCAAGGGCUUCAUCAAACUGUCUUUGAAACACGGGGCUCAGCUGGUGCCAGUGUUCUCCUUCGGCGAGAAUGAGCUUUUUGACCAGAUGACCAACCCUGCGGGCUCCCCGCUCCGCUGGCUCCAGGACCACUUGCAAAGACUCAUGGGAGUGGCCUUGCCGCUGUUCACAGGACGAGGAGUCUUUCAGUACAGCUUUGGCCUCUUGCCUUAUAGACAGCCCAUAAACACUGUUGUGGGUGAGCCAAUUGCAGUGGUCCAGACGCCCUGUCCUAGUAAGGAGGAUAUAGAGCAUCUCCAUUCUCUCUACCUUGAUGGACUCACUACGCUAUUUGAACAGAACAAGACCAAAUAUGGCAUUGCAGCUGACAAACACCUAAACUUUAUCUAGGUGUGUGUGGAACUAGGUAGAAGUUCUAGGGGCUGUAGGAUUUUAUAGGAUUUUAUGUUCGAUGGAGAGUCUAACAUGGGGUGGGGUUUUACUGGCUCUCUCUGCCACCACGACAGCAACAUACUGCUUCCUGACCCCUGAACUUUGCCAGAGAAUCAAAAGGGCCCUUUGUCAAACUAUUCUAGAGGAAAGGGAAGUGUUAUUGUGUUUAUGUAGAUAUGUGCCCUUAUCUUCUCACACCUAGUUCUGAGAUGUUGGCUAAUCACUGCAUGUUACUGACUGAAUGUUUGAGAGGCGUGUCUGUCUGUUAAUUGUGACUCUAAUGAACUGAGGAACAUACCAGGGUUGCAUUCUGUAGUAAAGGGGUUAACCGGCUGUUAAAACUGUUACAGGGGUAACUGGGUUUAAACUAUUGCUGGUGUAACUGGGUUAAAAAUGUUGCUGGGGUAACCGGGUUAAAACUGUUGCUGGGGUAACUGGGUUAAAACUGUUGCUGGGGUAACUGGGUUAAAACUGUUGCUGGGGUAACUGGGUUAAAACUGUUGCUGGGGUUACUGGGUUAGAACUGUUGCUGGGGUUACUGGGUUAGAACUGUUGCUGGGGUUACUGGGUUAGAACUGUUGCUGGGGUUACUGGGUUAGAACUGUUGCUGGGGUUACUGGGUUAGAACUGUUGCUGGGGUUACUGGGUUAGAACUGUUGCUGGGGUUACUGGGUUAGAACUGUUACUGCCAUGUUAAUGGGGUAAAGCAGUUACCAACUUCUUACACUAUGCUUUCUAUAAACAGUUAAUUAACUGUUUAUAGAAACAUGUCUUUAUAAAUAUCUUGAAAAUGUGUUUUACUAUUUAUAUACUGUAGAGAAAUAUAAACACGAGUAAACGCCUAGGUUCCUUGGCAUAAGGUGGGGGGACAGCCCGCCUGUUGGGUAAAACCUGUGUGACAUAAGACAGCUGGGCAGCAUCUUACCACACCCCUUUUUACUGUAAUAAAUACUGACUGUUCAUGUAUUUACAUCAGAGAUUCCUCAAAGGAUUAUUUUGUAAGCUUUUCACGCAUCUCUCUAUUUGCAAAUAAACUAUUAAUUGUGCCAAGAUAA